UACCAAUGACGAAACCUUUCACUCCCUCAAACUCAUUGUCACCUUUCCUCUUUCUUCCACUAAUCCAUGGCAUGCUUUUCUCCAUAGCGUGCUUCAUCCACCCUCUUCCCAAUUACACAAAUGAGGAACUAUGCUUCCUGGCUCCCUCUUCUUUUCUUGUUGAUCCCUUUCUUGUCACCAAUUCAAUGUGCCGAUAACACUUUCGCUCCUUCCUUUUAUUCCGAAGAAAUCUAUAAGGAGCUUGAAAACCUUGCUUCCCUAUUAAGCAAGGACAUUAAAUCAGGUUUAGGUUUCUGCAUCAAGGAUGUGAAUAAAGAUUGGGAGGAAGCAUUUGAUUUUAAAGGAAAGUUGGAUUUUGUGGAUUCUUGUGUUAAGAAAAAAGGAGAUUUUAGAGAUAGAAUAUGUACUGUGGCUGAAGUAAGGUACUACUUCCACGGUUUCUUGGAACAAGGGGGAUCAUCUGCUAAUUACGUAAAACCUAACAAGAAUUGCAAUUUGACCUCGUGGGUUUCUGGUUGUGAACCUGGAUGGAGUUGUAGUGCUGGCAAAAAUGUUGACCUAAAAAAGGACAUAAAGGACAUUCCUUUUAGAACCGACAAUUGUCAGCCUUGUUGUGAAGGGUUUUUCUGCCCUCAAGGAUUGACUUGCAUGAUACCUUGCCCACUAGGUUCUUAUUGUCCACUUGCAAAACUAAACAAUGAGACUGGAAUGUGUGACCCAUAUAGUUACCAGAUACCUCAAGGAGAAACAAAUCAUACUUGUGGUAGUGCUGAUAUUUGGUCUGGUGUGGUGAACAAUAGUGAUAUCUUUUGUUCUCCAGGAUCAUACUGCCCGACUACAACACGUAAAGUUUCUUGUGAUAGUGGAUAUUAUUGCAGGAUGGGUUCUACUCACCAAAAUCAAUGCUCCAGGUUGAGUACUUGUAAUCCAAACACAUCAAGCCAAAAUAUGCAUGCAUAUGGAGCCUUGCUUAUUGUUGCCUUGAGUACUCUCCUGAUCUUCAUUUAUAAUUGUUCUGAUCAAGUUUUAGUUACUCGGGAAAGGAGGAAGGCUAAAUCUAGGGAAGCUGCUGCUAGACAAGUAAGAGAAACUGUACAAGCUCGAGAAAGAUGGAAAGUAGCAAAAGAUGUUGCUAAGAAAGGUAAGGUAGGAUUGCAUGAGCAAUUAUCUCGCACCUUUUCUCGCAAAAAAUCAGUAGGCCAAACUAAACGUGGUAUGGGUGAUACAUUUUUGCCACCAACGGCUACAAAUUCUUCAAGCAUGUAUGAAGAAUCAUCUGCAACUUCAAAAGAGCAAAACAAGGGACCUUCCAACCUUACUAAAAUGUUGGAUUCCCUUGAGAAUGACCCACAUGGCAAUGAAGGAUUCAAUCUACAAAUUGGAGAUAAAAAUAUUAAAAAGCAGAUGCCAAAAGGCAAACAAUUACAUACACAGAGCCAAAUUUUGAGGUAUGCUUAUGGUCAAAUUGAGAAAGAGAAGGCUCAACAAGAGAAAAAUAAGAACUUGACUUUCUCGGGAGUUAUUUCAAUGGCUACUGAAGGCGACGUUCGAACAAGGCCUGUGAUUGAGGUAGCUUUUAAAGAUUUAACUCUCACUUUGAAAGGGAAAAGAAAACAUUUAUUAAGAUGUGUGACUGGUAAACUUAUGCCUGGUCGAGUUUCUGCUGUGAUGGGUCCCUCUGGAGCUGGCAAAACUACAUUUCUUUCUGCCUUGGCGGGGAAAGCAAGAGGAUGCACUAUGACAGGCUCAAUUCUAAUCAAUGGAAAAUCAGAAUCCAUUCAUUGUUAUCAAAAAAUUAUUGGUUUUGUGCCACAAGAUGAUAUUGUUCAUGGGAACUUGACUGUUGAGGAAAAUCUUCGUUUUAGUGCAAGAUGCAGACUAUCUGCGGAUAUGCCAAAACCAGACAAGGUUUUGAUUGUUGAAAGAGUAAUUGAGUCCUUAGGACUUCAAGCAGUGAGGGAUUCCCUUGUUGGGACAGUAGAAAAGCGAGGUAUAUCUGGAGGACAACGAAAACGUGUAAAUGUAGGGAUGGAGAUGGUUAUGGAGCCUUCAUUAUUAAUCUUAGAUGAGCCUACAACUGGCCUAGACAGUGCAUCUUCCACACUAUUGCUUAAAGCACUUCGUCGGGAAGCACUUGAAGGGGUAAAUAUUUGCAUGGUACUUCACCAACCAAGCUACACGUUGUUCAGAAUGUUUGAUGAUAUAGUCUUUCUAGCCAAAGGUGGCCUUACUGCAUAUCAUGGUCCUGUUAAAAAAGUAGAAGAAUACUUUGCUAGCAUUGGAAUCACUGUACCUGAUCGUGUGAAUCCUCCAGACCAUUUCAUUGACAUUUUGGAAGGUUUAGUGAAACCAAGUGGAGGUGUGACCCAUCAACAACUUCCUGUCAGGUGGAUGUUACAUAAUAGUUACCCAGUACCACCAGAUAUGCUUCAUUUUGCUGAUCAAAUUGCUGCCUCUUCCUCCUCCUCCUCUUCCUCAAAUAUACAUGAUGCAACAAAAGGCACAGAUGAAGUUGUUGAUCAAUCCUUUGCUGGAGAGUUUUGGGAGGAUAUGAAGAGUAAUGUUCAGAUCCACCGAGAUCAUAUAGAGGCAACCUUCUUAAAGACUAAGGAUUUAUCUAAUCGAAGAACUCCGGGUGUAGCUCGACAAUAUAGAUAUUACGUUGGGCGGGUUUGUAAGCAGACGCUACGAGAAGGAAAAUCACAAGCCGUUGACUAUCUCCUUUUAUUAGUUGCUGGUGCUAUAUUAGGAACUCUUACAAAAGUAAAUGAUGAAACAUUUGGGUCCCUCGGAUAUACAUAUACUGUUAUUGCUGUCUCUUUACUUUGCAAGAUUGCAGCUCUCAGAUCAUUUUCUCUGGAUAAAUUACAAUAUUGGAGGGAGAGUGCAUCUGGAAUUAGCAAUUUGGCUCAUUUUUUAUCCAAAGAUACAAUUGAUCUUUUCAAUACAAUCAUCAAACCUGUAGUUUAUCUGUCCAUGUUCUAUUUUUUUAGCAAUCCUAGGUCAAGUUUCGCAAGUAAUUAUGCGGUUUUGGUCUGCCUUGUGUACUGUGUGAGUGGCAUGGCUUAUGCAAUAGCAAUUUAUUUUGAGCCUGCUCCAGCACAACUGUGGUCAGUGCUUCUCCCAGUUGUUAUGACUCUCAUUGCAAACCAGACACAAGAUACUCUCUUUAUGAAGAUCCUUGUAAAGUUGUGUUAUCCAAAUUGGGCUUUGGAAGCCUUUAUCAUUGCAAAUGCUGAAAGGUAUACUGGAGUAUGGCUGAUAACUCGGUGUAGUUCACUAAUGAAGAAUGGCUAUAAUGUUAGUGAUUGGCCUCUUUGUUUGGUUGUCCUCAUUUUUUAUGGUAUAAUUGCUCGAGUUGUGGCCUUCUUUUGUCUAGUGAUUACUCGAAAGAAGUGAUGUGGAAUAUGAUUGUCAUCCUAAUGUACAAAUCAAAGAUUUUAAGAUGCGUUGUUUGUGUUAUAGCAAAUAGGGAUAGUAUUUAUUUUUCCAUGAGAAUACCUAAUGCAAGAUUUAGUCAAAUAUUUGGGCUUAGAAGUAAGUUGUAAGUUUUUUUAGGUUAUAUUUUUUUUUAACAAUGCAUAUUUUUGUGUAAGUAAAUUUUACUUUAUUCUUAGCCUUUUGUCCACUUGGACAAAUGAGAAUUAGUUUGUGAAAAAAUGUAUAAUAGCAAAAGCAAUACUAUUGUCUUGAG